CAAACAAGACGGCAAAAUAUGGCUGAAAUCGUGUUUUCGUGGGGGGUAAGUGAAAUAAAAUGUAUUAUAUUAAAAGAAAACAAUGACAAUCCUUAUGAAAUCCACAAUAAUUAUAUUGAACUAAGCAUAGUUUUUCAUCCCAUGAUAAUUUUUUUUAGGAAAUAAGAAAAUUUAAUUUCUGCCAGGCAUAUUAGUUAUUUUGUGCAUAGUCAGCAUUUUACCUGGGGUGGUGCAUAGUCAUUUUCUGGUGAAAUAUUAUACUUAGACAAAUUUUUCCUUCCAAUAACCACCCCUAAAAGCAACCCUUAUAAACACCACAAGCACUUCAGAAAGGCUAUUGCUUUUCCUUUUCGGAAGUUAGAGCUAUGUCGACACUGCCGUUUCAGGGCGGGGUCAUUUUCAGGACUUUCGCCCCGGAUUCAGGUUUUCGCACAUAUGCCAUGUUGACCGCCAUGGUCAUUUUACCCUAAAACAGUUGAGAUUACCUGUCCUAAAUGAAUCGCAUACAAACUCAUAUAUAGGUCCUAGACUAUUAGUCAGAAUCGCAUAUUGCAACGGUGAAAAUAUGCGAUCUGACUAGCAUUUUUUAUCAGACUCGUACUUGCUUAUUUUUUAUCCAUUUGGCAUGAAUAACAUAUCAUUCAACAGCUAAAAGCCUGAUCUUUCCGAAGAUGAAAAAAUCUCGUUCAUACGCAGUAAUUCAGACACAAUAGCGCGCUGACGUCCGAUUACUUUUAUUUUGACACACCCUGUAUAAAAUCAACAUUCAUCCUGGAAAUUAUUUACAGCAUAAUUACUACAUAUCAGAUUUGAUUGACAGGCGUAUUGAUUUCGACCAAUGGGAAUUUUGCGUUGUGUGGGCAACGCGGAUUUCAUUUCUUAAUGGGUUGUCUGCAGUCCCUCCUUUCCUUUCUCGUGCCCGGAAAUCUCGUGUACGGAAAUGAACCCGCGGAAAGGAGGGACCUCUCGCAGUUUAUCGUGACAUUUUUAAAAAUAUGAUGUGCUGCAUUAAAAAAACUAUUCGUAAAAACUAUCCGCAACCCGCAAAAAUCUAUCCGCAACCCGCAAAAAACUACCCGCAACCAGCAAAAAAGCUACACGCAACCAGCAAAAAACUACCCGCAACCCACAACAAACUACCCGCCACCCGCAUUUUCCACCAAACUCUUCAGGGGUAAAACUGUUUGACAUUUUUAAAUGUCGUAUAUGUUUAUGCAUGUUCAUCUAUACUUAAAUGUUUUUUUCUUUCGAACUAUAAUUAAUUUUGGUAACACAAACAGUAGUUCGUUGUUUUACGGCAACAGACGCGUACGACAUUCACUCUAAAAUAUAUUGCCUACAUUGCUUUGUGUAGUUGGAAAAGAAGAACGGUGACUCCAAUUUUUUAUGUGCACUAUUUUACUUAGAACAUAGACUAAGAAUAAACAAAAUGGAAAAAUUUCUGUAAUGCCAUGAAAAAAUGUCGGUUUCUUCGAUCUAAUUAUUUUAUAUGCGUAUACGUCCUUUCGUUAAUAUUGGGUCAUGCAAGCGGGUUUGUUCAUACAGCGUAACAUUCUUCUGUCAAGGAUUCUGUGUGGAUACCGAGCCAUCUAAAAUUUUAUUUUAAAAUUUCGAAAAAAUUUAGUACACCUUCUUACGGCGAAGUAUAUAUAUAGUACUAGUGUUAAUUGAAUGGCACUGCUAACACUUAACACUUUAUUACAUGUUCUAAACAGUGAUGUGUAAAACAACAUUAUUAAUGUGAAAAAUAUCAAUUUGUUUAUCAAAUGCUUUGUAUGUACAAAUAACAUUUUAUUAGUUCAAAUUGAUUAAAAAAAAGGAUCCAUUAUUACCAGAAUACCAGUAAAACGUCAAGUUCCUUCUCCCUGAGGACAGCUCUGCAAUUAAUUAUCCUUCAAAAACUCACCAAUAAUUCAGGAGGAAAACACAAAGAAAAAUCAUAAGCGUGUCGUGGUUAUAUAUAUUUGAUAAAAAUCAUGUUAAUUUACAUAAACUUUAGCUUUGAUUUUCUCGGUUUAGACAAAGCUUAUUUUAAAAAUUACUUCGCCAAUGAACUCGGACUAUAAGAUGAGUCGUUUUUGAAGCCAUUUAAAGCACUUGUAGUCGUGUUUUAUCACAUAUUAAACACUCCGCUACGCGUCGUGUUUUAUAUGUGAUAAAACACUCCUACGCGUGCUUUAAAUAGUACAUAAUGUAUCGAUGAAAGCAUCGUGGAAUCGCAGAGCCGCAGGUUCAAUCCCCCCCAGGGACCUAAAGUUGCAUUUUUUCGCUUCUGUUCCUGGUUAGAUCUAAUAAAUGUAUAUAAAAUUCCACUCGACAACUUCCAUCUACAAUACCCAUCAAAUAUUAUUCAUUCGAGUGAGAUGCAACAAAAAUCGUGAUAUUUACCCAAAAAUGUCUGCAUGUCUCCAUGUGAAAAAGUAUCCCGGUUUAUCAUCGCAAUCGUAGCGAUGCUUGGCAGGCCUAUAGCAAGUUAUGUAGUAUUUAAAACACGAGAAGGAGUGUUUUAUCAUAUUUAAAACGCUCGGCUGCGCCUCGCGUUUUAGAUAUGAUAAAACGCGAGUUCGAGUGUUUUGAAUAGCUUAAAAUACGACUACAAAAGAAUACUAAUUAGGAUGAACAAUUAUAUAAUCAUACUAAUUAGGAUGAACAAUUAUAUAAAGAAUACUAAUGAAGAUGAGUUUUAUCAGAUACAAAGUCACUCCACGUGACAUAUUAUGGCUGACAUGAUUUGCCACAAGGUUUAUGAAUUUUUAAUGAGUAUUUUAAGAUUAAAUACAAUCCAUGCAAGCAAAAUUAUAGCCAUUUGAAAUGUGCAAGAAGUACCAAAAUGAGACUGUUCAGGCUUUAUAAACUUCGGUAUUUUCAAUAGUUAAUUUCUCAAAGAGAAUACAUGGUAUUAUAUUCACUAUAAGGCGGCAGUCAGUGAUUACCUUGGUCAAUUAGUUUCGGAAGAAGAAAUGAAUGACAACUAUUUCUCGUAUUGAUCUAUUGUUUUGUGUUUAAUUAAAAUACUCUAUGGCAACCAUACAACUCAAGCUAGCCUGUCGCUACAAGAACCAUCAUAAUUGUAUUGUAGGUGUUUAUAUAAAUAUAUGUUUCACUUUUCUAUAGUCACUUUAUGUCAACCAAAUCCUUGUGCCAAUGAUGGAAAAUGUUCUGUACUGAGAAAUCACUAUAGCUGCGGAUGUCCAAAACAUUAUAUUGGAAAACAUUGUGAAGGUAUGUUGUGUUUUUUUUCUUUGGUAAUUCUUUCCUUGUUCUCAUUUUCUAAACUAAACUAAACUAAACUAAACUAAACUAAACUAAACUAAACUAAACUAAACUAAACUAAACUAAACUAAACUAAACUAAACUAAACUAAACUAAAUAUGCAUAAAUGUUAUUAGACACGCGACUCCCAAGUUCGUUGCAAACUUGACAAUUAAGUUUGAAAAUUGGGCGCGAACUUCGCAACAAAGUUCGCAAAGUUCAAUGUUUGAACUUGGUUGAUAAACAAAUGUUCAUACUCAAUAAUAAUAAUCAAUUCAAUGAAAUACAAACUUUCUUGGUAAACCACUGAACCAAGAACUUUCCAUUGAAUUGUUAAUUUCAACUUGAACGAUGAACAUUUGUUUACAAUAGUACAAUUUUGUUGCGAAGUUCACGCCCAAUUUUCGAACUUGGAAACGUAAUUGGCAAGUUUGCAACGAACUUGGGACCCGCGCGUUGAAAAGUGACUUGAAAUCGACAAUAAGCUGACCAGCUUUGUUGAACGGGUCCCUGCAUAUUGCAGUAUAAUCCAGACGUAUGCAGUUUUAAUUCAAUGAUUCUUAAACUUAUUUUUUCACCAGUUCUCAAUCCCUGCCGUACUAACCCGUGCCUAAACGGUGGUGAGUGCGUUGCCAGUCAGUUGAACAGCGGUUACACCAACGACGGCUUCUCUUGCAAAUGUUCACGUGGUUACUAUGGCAACAUGUGUCAAAUGAAAUAAAAUCUGAUAGUUUAAGGUGGCUCGAUAUAGUUAUCACAAGAACCCUGCUCAAGAAUCGCGAACUCAAAACGGGUGACCAUUUUUACGCGCAGGUCUCGGAAACUGAUUAACAAAAUGAAAGAACUUCCAAAAUGACCUGACGUGAGCAGUUGCUCGCGCCAUAUCACGCCAUUGAGCGUGUUCUACAGCGUUUUAUGUCAAUUGCUGACGUCAUUAGAAUUUUCCAUUUUAGAAGAACAAUGCGCUAUAUCUCUUUAUUUUGUCUGGUGACCUAUGUUCAAAUUUUGCAUGCUGUAUUGAUCCGCUAAAAACUUUCAUUAUACAAAAAAUAAAAAAAUUCUGUAAUGCCAUAAAAAUUUUACCGAAGAAUAUGACAUUUUCGCAUUUUCCAAAAAAAUGGCAUUACAGAAUUUUUUUAUAUUUUGCUAAAUGUUAGCUUUUAGCCCAAGUAAAAUAAUGCACGAAAAAAAAUUGGGGGUCACCGUGCUUCUUUUCCAACUAUACGAGGCGAUAGACCAUUUUGGAGUGAAUUUCGUACACGUAUGUCGUCAUAGCAACGAACUAUCUGUUACUAAAACUAAUAUAAUUUGAAAGUAGAGUUAUCAAAAUAUAUAAAAAACCCAAUAUCUGCUGAAUAAAUCCUAAAAGUGCGUAGUUUGAACAUGUCAAAGUGUUGAACACCUGAAUUUUUGAAAACUGUAUCGAGCCACCUUAAACUUGUAUAUAUGUAUAUGAAAAUAAAUUGAGGUUGUGUUACAAAUAACAUAAUUUAAAUAUAUUGUGCAUUUAAAAAAAUACUGUUGAUAAUAUAUAGCAUAUAAAAUGGAAUAAAAUAAAAUAAACAUAAAAUACAUUAAUAUGAGGAAUGAUCUGUAAAUUAACUUGUUUCUCAAACGCUCAUGUAUCGGACGUAAUAAUGGAGAUGUGUACAUAGGACCAAAAAAAAAUAUGUGGGUUUCCGGUUUCUUCUUAUAAAAACUUAGGUAAGGUAGGUCGGUUUUAACUUUUUUUUUAACUUUUUUUUUUAAUUUUCCGAACAAGCGGACGCCAUUUUUUUUUAGUCAGUGCUUCCACAUCCAAAGAUAAAUUUCCCUAAUAUUGCCUCAAAUUUCAAUUUUCCACAAACUUUUUCCUCUAAGUGGAAACACUUACAAGCAUGAUCCAAUAAAAAAGUUUAGGGUCGGGAUUUCGACGUCCAAAAGCUAGGUAGGGUCGGGAAACCGGAAACCCACAUAUUUUUUUUGGCCUAGUCUGUCAAGCCUGCAUGGUUUCCAUAUGGUCUAACGGUCGUAAAGAUUGAGUCACGAUCUUCUCAGCAGCCGAAAUACAACGUUUUAGAACUGAAAAUACACGGAGUGAUUAUAACUAUAGAGAAUACUUAUGAUUUAUAUGUGGUUUACAGGUAUAAACUGUUAUAAACUGGCCUUUGAGAAAGAUCGUGACUCUAUUUCUACGACAAUAUGGAAGCCAGGCUUUAAGAUGUGAUGGUUUGAAAACACAAAAGCCACAAAAUAGAAGAGCUUUGUUUGAUGUUGAACUGUACCUCACAGUGCACAAAUCCUUUGUCUCAACUUCAUUAAAUAUUAUUCAUCGUGGUUGCACGUUUCAUCUCAGCUAUCCCUAUUGGACGCUUACUUCAUUAUACGAAAAUACAAUGAGCUCAAUCACCGUGACCGUGCACAAAUUAACAUAAACACCGACAAAAACAUAAUACAACGACUUCUGUUUAGUUUCCAGGUUUAGUUUUGUACGACAAAUAAAUUUUAAACAUUUAAAUGGUUAAAAUAUAUUGAUAACAUUGGCAAGAAUUGUGUGUCUGUCGAAAUGUGACUGCAAGGAAUUUUCACUUCGAUUUAAAGAAUAAUAUUAUGAAGUUAAUAAGGCAAUCAUUUGCCGGUGCUUUCAUUUAAAUAACUUCUACCAUUUAAAUAAUUGGUGCUGCCAUUUAAAUUAUGAGUUACAUUGUUAAAAUAAAAAUUUACAAUAAAAAGUAACGCCAAAGCUGGGAUGCCAGAGAAUGUACUGUAAUUUUACAGAAACUGUUUUUUAACUGAAGUCUGUGUUUAUACUGUAAAAAGGCUGUAAUUCAGAACAGCCUAUUGCAGAGUAAUUUGCAAUUACAGUGUAUUUACUGUAAAGGUUUACGAUCAAACACAUGUCAUGAUUCUUUUUAAAUACAGUCCAUUUUACCGUAACUUACAAGAAUGGCUUACUGUAAAAGAUUACGGUCAAACACAUGUCAAAUAACAGAUUUCUUUUUAAAUACAGUCCAUUAUAUUGUAAUUAAAUACAGUCCAUUAUAUUGUACGAUUACAGUAUAUACCUACUAUAAAACAUAAUAGUAUAUUAUUCGAGAAAAACCAGAUAUUUUUAACAGCGUGUUAGCAAGUAACUUGAGGCUUAUAUAACUAGCUGUUUUGGAGUUGUUAAUCAGUAUUCUUCAGUGUCUCCAUAUGAAUUUUAGUUGGCCUGCGUGUAACUCGGGGUGCACACCCCUGUGUACCCUUCCUAUAAAUCCACCACUGUUGUCUGUUGCAUGGGCAAGUACACUAGCCUGCAUCAAUCUUACAGUACAGGGAUUUGAAGAAUUUUUCUCCUGAAUUCUUAAUUCAACUAUAGGUAGGUAGGUAAAACUUUAUUUGACUGCGCUAACGCCUACAGCAAAAACUGAUUUCCUAGAGGGGCGUAGAGAAUAUUACAUUAAAAACUUAUAAAUUACAUACGCUAAAUAACAAACAUGACAAUGAAUAAAAAUAAGGUAAUUAAUAAGUAGAUACUUUCACUGGAAAAAAAAGUGAAAUCCACACUAUGAAAUUUGCAAUUGCACCACUAAAUCCAUAGUAUAUCCAUAUUAUUUCCAUACUAUAUCCAUACUAUUGAAAUAUACAAUUAUUAUGGAUAACCAAAAUCCAUUCUAUUUCCAAUAAAGGUCCAUACAAUUUCCAUUCUAUGACCUUCUAUGGAUUUUCAAAAUUUUUUCAGUGUUUAAGAUAAAGAAGACGGACAAUCAGAAUAUUAAUUCAUUAAUUCAAUUAACCGGCCAGAUGUCGCAAUACAUGUAUUAAAGGUAGGAAGAGAUUCCUUAAUUCAUCUGAGCAAUUGUUCCACAAUUUUGCCCCUAUAUAACUAAGACUGUUUUGAGAUAUUCAGUCUUAGGAUUGGGCAAAUACAGUUUAGUCGAAGACCCUCGUAAGAUGAAUUUGGAGAUAGCCCCUUAUCCUAUGGAGGUAGUGUCGCUCCAUGAUUUGCAAACUUCUACAGCCAUGCUAAAUAAAAAAUAUGGAUUAAAAGAUGCUUUCCUUUAUGGUAAAGUGUCGUAUACUAUACAGGUCUUAAAAUAUCGAUCGGUCACGGACAUUGUCCGACCCAUUCGUGAAAUUGUCCGACGUAGAGAGGCAACCACUGGACAUUCUGUCCCACCUAAGACUCCUAAGUAAAACUAAGGUUUAUUGUUUGUCCGACCUGAGUGAAUUGAUGUCCUUAACUUUGUUCAACGUAAAUCAAAAUGUACCCUAGUCCAGGACUAGAGGCUCGUAAGUUUAUAUGGAGAAUCAGAGUAAUGUAUAAAAAGUGAACUGGAAAUGUGUAAUCAAGUGCGAGGUUUUCACCGUGGAAAUUCAUUGCCAAGAUUCAUGCAAAUGACUUUUCCAAAUUGUGCUGAUAUUAAUUUGGGUCUGCAUUCAUACUUAUUUCCAAGCCAAACUGAACUCAAAGUCAUCGAACAUUUUGUCAGACGGUUCUCUUACCGAUAUCUUAAGAUUUGUUGUAUAUCGUUUAAGGUAUAUCGGUUUGUUCUGCUUACUAACUAGCUAACUCUUUCGCUGUCAAAUGGAAUCAACACGGUUGCUUGCUCGCUUUCAUAAACUACAGGUGGCAGCAUACAUUCCUUAUAUAUUUUGUAAUUCGCCAUUAUCAAAACAAUUUACCGCUAUUAAUGAAAAAAAAAAUGGCAAAAUAAUUGAAAGCAAUCUUCAAUACUAUUACAAAUUAUGAGAAGAAGAUACACUUAUUGAAGAAGAAAUAUGUGAGACAAUUAAAGCAAUUAUUUUAAUCUUCCCCUUCAACAGGUUCUCGUUUUGACCUAGUGAUGGCAAGGACAUGGAGUUAUAUUAUAUCGGCUUUUAUAACUUGUCUCGUCUUGUCUGGCACACAUGGAAAAUUACUUGAAACCCAUGGAACGAAAAGGUCUAAGACUACAACCGAACUGCAUCGUCGGCGUUUAAAAGAAGCUGGCACGGUCAAAAAUAUAUCGAAUGUUAACAACGCGAUUCAAGAUGGCGGAACUAUGCGACCGGUUCUGCACGACACAACACGAAAUACAACAAACAGCGUACUGAAACGGACUGUGAAAAAAGGAAUCGUUUUGAAGAAUAUGCUAACUUCGGCUUCACCUAGGCGACCGUUAAAGCUACUACGUUUGAAAACUGCUAGCCCGUUUACAAGGUCUGGUUUGACCUCGCUUCGAUCAUCAACCUUCAAACCUAUUCAUAUAUAUGGAUCUGUUCCGUUCAAAACAUUCUUGAGCGCGCUUUCGAAAUCAAAUGGACAAGGAGCCGUUGCCCCGACUCCCGCUUUGCAAUCCGAUGUACCUCAGACGUCAUCGAAUGUGCCAAUCGAGUCGCCACUAUUACAAGCCAAAGCGUUACAGGCUAGGCAGUUCCUACCCCCCGGAUCAAUGCCGUUACCUGUGGAACCGCAGGGGGGUGUUCCUAUGUUUUUGAGAACGCCAGGCGCUGGUUUUAAUGGAGUUCCAUUGGAAGGACCCAUGCCAAUGUUUCCUCAAGAAAAUAUGGCUAACUUUUAUGGUUAUCUUAUGGGCUACAAUGAUCACCAUAAUCUUCAUCACCAUCUUCAUCACAAGGGUAAGGACUAUGUCUGAAACACCCAUGCAGUUUUUAUUCAUUUCUUUUCUUCGCAGUGGCUUGAACUCCAAGCUGAUCGACAAUGCGAUCCUGUCUACGCACGCAAAAGUCUCGCAUCUUGUAGCAAGUCUGCCAACAAGUUGUGUUCGCACUGCUUGUCCCAAGUUGUCAACAAGUUUGGAACAAACUGUUAACAACUUGUAACAACCUUAUUGAUAUUAUCAGACUUGUUGCAAGGUUGUUCCAACAAGUCCGAUACAGUCAUGAUAUAACAGUAUUGUUACAACCUUGUGUCGUCAACCUUGUAACAUUCUUGUUAUAUUGUGACUGUAUCAGACUUGUUAGAACAACUUUGCUACAAGUCUGAUAAUGCCGUCAAGCUUAUUACAAGUUGUUAACAGCUUGCUCCAAACUUGUUACAACAACUGGGGACAAGCAGUGCAAACACAACUUGUUGACAGCUUGUGAACAUAUUUGUAACAACUUUUUUGCAGACUUGUGCGUUUUUACGUAUGUAAUUUAUAGUCGAGUGAUUGCUAUGCAAUUUCUACCUCCAAUCAAAGUAAAUCAAAGUCCUAUAUUCUCAUGUUUCGGAUUAGGAAUAGAGCUAGGAAAGUCUAUGGCAGACAUAACAGACCUCAUUAUCUAUGUUUUUGUUUUUGUUUUUGUUUUGGCUUAUGCAAGAAAUGGUUGGUUCAUCGUCACGUGUGUAUUGUAUUUUCGAGAGCAACCAAUAGCUAUGUUUUCAUCUAACCAAUGUGUAAUAUCACGACUGGGUAAUUUAACCAACACACUGCUAUUGAGCUAUUGCUUAUUUAAAAGAUUGAAUAUCAUGAAAUUGCCUGAUCUUGUUUCUUUCCAUCUUGCCAAAUUUAUGUACAAAUUCCAUAACAACUUAUUACCGUGGCCUUUGGUCAGUUUUAUAUUCCGGUCCAUGAGGCUUCUAAUUAUAGUACAAGACUUGCCGUUAAACAAUCAUACUAUUUACCAAAAACUAGAACCAAUUAUGGUAUCUUUAAUAUAAGAUUCCAAGGUGUUAAAAUCUGGAAUUCUCUAGACGAGAAUGUCAAAUCUCUCUCUCUCUUGCAAUUCAAAAAGAGAAUAAAAAUUGAAAUGAUCCAGAAAUAUUGAGAAUUGUAACAAGAAUUAACUUUAUUAUUUGAUGUAAAAAUGAACAUUGUAAUGAGGUUAUUUUGCGUGCAGCUCUCUCCAACGUAUAUAUCCUACUGGAGACAGCUGUUCUGUGAGCUAGUUUUAUAUUUAUAUUUUCCCCAGUCCUUAUUGGCUGCACCCUCUUUCUAGCCCUUAUGGUUAUUUUGUGCAGCCAGUGCUCUAACUUAUAUAUACAACAUAUGUAAACAAUUAAUUUUCUUUCCUUCUUGUGAGUACGAAUAAAACAUUAUUAUUAUUAUGCUUGAUUAGGCGAAAAAACAAUACACACGUGACGAUGAAUCGACCAUUUCUUGCAUAAAUCAAGACAAAAGCAUAGAUAAUGUUAUGUCUACAUCGAGUUUCCUAACCUACUCAGGGGCGUAGGAACCGGGGGGGGGGCACGGCGGGCACGUGCCCCCCCCCCAAUUUUUUCAAAGGACUAAAAGUACCCUUUUUGUGAUGAAAAGUGCCCUUUUUGUACAAGCUAAUGUCGCUGUAAAUACUAAAUUAACAUCAAAGGUGCCCUUUUUGUUUGGAAAUUUCUAAGUUUUUUAAAACAAUUUUGGUCAAAAACGUGCUAUUUUUGUGUUGGUACGAUGGGAAAUUUUUUCUUCCCCCCCCCGGCGCCAACAUUUCCGGGAAAUAUUUUUUAGGUGCCCUUUUCAAUACCCUUUUAAAGUGCCCCUAGAAGCCGGUGCCACCCCAAUCUUUUGAUGCUUCCUACGCCCCUGAACCUACUUAUUCUAUUGCCUACGGUAAAACCAAUGUAAUGUUUUGUUUUCUAGUUUUUACUCGAGCCAAAUGUUUUCCUAACCCCUGCCAGAAUGGAGGCAGCUGUACUGCAUUUUCGAGUUCUUAUGAAUGUUCUUGUCCCGUGGGUUUUAAGGGCCACAGCUGUGAAGGUAAGUUGGGGGAGGACCAGGAGGGUGUGGUGGCAGGGAAGGGGGUCGGGGGAGAUGUACCACAUUUUCAAGAGAGGGCCAACAUAUGGAGAAGGAUGUGGGGAGAGGGGUUGAGCAGGGGAGUUAGAUAUAACCGUGCCACAUUCUCGACGUAGUAUGAAUAAUAGAGAAACAAACUGUUUGAAAUAAAUGAUUGUAUGGAAAUCUGGUCUUGUAUUUACUUUCGUAUGAAUUUAAUACUGUUUCGAACGAGUACGUAAAACAGAGCUUUAACCUUCAGAGCAAUGUUGAUCAACUCUGAUAAAAAAAACUACCUGUCACGGCUUGAAAUGCUAGCACACUUUACAAGACGUGAAAAUAUACAUUUUGCCGUUACCAUCAGAGUCUGGGGGUGGGAAGGAGAGAAAGCGUACUGCAUUUUUAGCGUCGUAAUGAAUGUGUACAAUGCUCGAAAUGAGGACUAUAGAUUUUAGACCUCCAAUCAAGUUUAUCUCUUACUGAUCUAGUGUUACUACGGGAGGAAAGAUAAACCAAAUUAACUUUGUUUACACUCCGAGUGAUCUGACGGUCAGCAAAAGGAUUGGGACUAGCAACAGAAUAGAAAUCCAGUUUCGUACUUUUAAUCACUUGUCAUGCCCUGAUUCUUUUGUGAAACUGUUUGAAGCUUAGUGUCUGUGUCUUGCACAGGGAAAUGAAUGUCUGGGACAAAUUUAAGAUAGAAAUCUAAUACCAUUAAUGAGAUAUUGAGUAAUUUUAAACCAGAAAUGGAUUUCUAUUUUACAACUAGUGCCAGGCCUUUUUCGAGUUUCGAGAUCACCUGGCUGGACAGGUGUAUCAGUUCUUAACUGUAAGUUUUCUUUCCCAGAGAGAAACCAGUGUAUUCCCAAUCCAUGCAAAAACGGUGGGAAUUGUUAUGAUGAUGAAGAUAACUACAAAUGUACCUGCGUCCGAGGUUACACUGGUUAUAACUGUGAAGGUAGGUGACAAUCACUUGAGCCCCGGUGAAAAGAGGAUGAGAGUUGACAAGAGUUUUCUCUAUCGCUCGGUAAUAUCCAAUCAACUCUCAUCAACUCUCACGCAACUCUUGUUCUUGUUUGUCCAGGGCAUUACGCUCCGGUCAUCAACUCUCAUUGACUUUGAACUGGUUCAAAUCUUAAUGAGAGUUGAUAAGAGUUUUCGCUAUCGCGCGGUAAUAUCCAUUAUUGGUUUUGCAAUGUUGAUAACUUAACAGACUAAUUGUUACAAGUUGCUCCAACGAUUUCUUAUUUCCUUCUGCAAUUUACCGACGUGUUGUGAAAGACAAACUUGCAGCAACUUGAUAAAGAACAGCAUUAUCACAACUUGUUAACAAUUGCUACCACUCUGAUGCGAUGUUCAUAGAAUGUGAUAUUUACACACCUAAGAAACUGCAAUACGAAAUAAAUUAAGUGUUGAGUCCUUAAUUCGUGAGAUAAAAUAAAUUCUGAGUUAAACCCUAAAAUGACAUUUCAUCCCUUUCGUAGAGAUCAGUAAGUGUUUGCCGAAUCCUUGCAAAAAUGGAGCGACGUGCCUGGAGACUGCAGAGAGUUACCAAUGUGAAUGUGCAGAACAUUAUAAUGGCGUUCACUGCGAAGGUAAAGCUGAAAUAUAAACUUUAUUUAUCCCUGAAAGCCCUACAGAGUAUUGCCCCAUAAAGGCUAUCCCUUAUAUAAGUCCAGAUUUAUUACUAGCUGGAAACUUACAUCUUUGCGUAAAGUCAAACUGGGAACAAAUUUUGGUCAGACAAAUGUGUUUUAUAGCGCCCUUAUUAGUCUUAGCUUAUUAGACUAACCAUUGUCUGGCGACGUCACCUUUUUUGUAGUCCUGAAAGGGUUAUUAGAGACAGUACAAUUUACGACGAGGCGUCAAUUUAUGCUAUAUACAAAGUCAAACAGCUACAUAGAAUUUGGUUACUGUAUUGAAGUGCUACAAAUCCCAAAUAUUUUUGGUGUAUGUAAUAUUUGGGUCAUUCUAUUAAAGAAGACAUGCAAUAUAUCGUUAUAGUAAAAAAACUCCUCUUGAUCAACUUUUUCACUAUUAACGUUUCCAGAUAUGCCGUCAUUAAAUGUAUUUUUUGGAGAAAUAAAAGAAAACUAAUUUGUAAUUCAUCUAAUAACAUCUUGUCCGGAAACUUUGACAGUAAAAAAGUUAAUCAAGAUGAGGUUUUUUACUAUAAAGAUGUAUUACAGUUCUUCUUGGAAUGACCCAAAUAUUACAGAAAUGUGGAGUCACAAUUUAAAGUUUACAAGAUUUUUAAGACUGACAACUUUACAGAGAAUAUCUCUGCGGAAACACAAACUGUUUAUAUUUUUUUCGUUUGCUGAGAAUGCAAAUAUAAGGAAUGUAUUAAUUUAAUUAAUAUUUUAUUCCUUUUCCCUGUCUUGUUUAGUCCAUGAUUACUGUGGUCAAAACGACCCAUGUUUGAACGGGGGUCACUGCCAUAAUAAGGAGUCUGGGUACGAAUGCAAGUGUGCGCAUGGCUACAGAGGGCAUGAUUGUGCAGGUAUACUACUUUAUUCUUGGCCAGAGGCAUGUAAGUUUUUUAAGCUUGUGAAGUUUUUCAUUCAAGUCUUCCUACAUAUCUGUCCGACGAAUUAGAACGAGUACAAAGACGUGCAAUGAGGAUAAUUUUUCCUGAAACGAGGUAUAAGGAAGCCUUGGAACAGGGACUUUUACAGUCACUUUAUGACAGACGAGAAUAUUCAUGUUUAGUAUAAUUACAUAGGUGAUUAUUGAAAAUUCUCCACGCUGAUUGGUUGCCGUUGAGGUGAUUAUUACGCGAUAAUCACCUAAGCGAUUUUCAAAAUGGCGGCCGAAGCCUUUUUGUCAAUUAAAUGACGAAGAAAUGUGUAUUUUCUUAUUUUUUCCAAAUAAUCACCUAUGAAAUUAUACUAAAACAAUUAUUCACCUCAGGCUCGGUGAUUAUCGUGAAUAAAAACCUCGACUUCGUCUCGGUUUUUAUUCACCGAUAAUCACCUCGCCUUCGGCGAAUAAUUGUUAAAUAAAGCUUUUUGAACAAAUUGAACAAGAUCCGAGUCAUAAAUUAAAGAAUCUCUUACCUACUUUAAAUACGUCUUUUGACAGCCUUCGAACCGUAUAAGAAAGUAUAAACUUCCUUUAAUCAAAACAGACCGUUUUAAAAAUUAUUUUAUACCUAGUCAAGCAGCGAAAGUGACGUUGUAAGCAACAAUGAAUUGUAAAUAAUUUAAUAUAAAUUGUAUAAAUCAUUUGUAAUUCAGCCAUUUUUUGGCUUUGUGAAUUGGAAAGUGACGUUGUAGUUUUUAGCGUAGUAAUAUAUUAAGCAACAAUGAACUGUAAAUAAUGAACUUAGUAUUUUAUUUCAUAUCAUUUGUAAAUCAUUUGUAAUUCAGCCUUUUUUGGCUGCGCUAUUUGAUUCAUUAAACUAUCUAAACUAUCUAUCUAUCUAUCUAAGGGCAUGGUAAAGAGAGCGCGGUAGUUAAGUAUUGGUAGUCAAAUUGUUAUCUAAUUUCAUAGAAUUUGACGUUUGCAAUGAGAAUCCCUGUGACAAUGGAGGGAUAUGUAGGAACAUUGAGGGAGGCCAGUUUACAUGUAGGUGUGGUCAUGGAUAUCGUGGGAUCACUUGUGAAGGUAAGUAGCGUGUCUGUAUUACAAAUUCAUAUUAUCUGUUGAACUGAACUAUUAAGUAACUAUGUUUAAACUGGAUGCCUCUAUCUGUUUUAAACUUCUACGAGGAAUGCCUCUGUUUUCAAAUUCCUAAUUAUUAAUUGUUUUGAAAACGACUACUAGUGCUCCAAUCGUUUAUGGUAUUUAAAAUUAUUUUUUCCAGAGAAGAUCCCGCCUUGUGACCUUGAACCUUGCAAAAACGGGGGUACUUGUUUGGAAGAAACAGAAAAAUAUGUUUGCCAUUGUCCAGAACAUUGGAAGGGAACACACUGUGAUGGUAAGUGUGAGAGUGACCGAACGACCUGCCCACUGACUUAAUAUUCUCACUGAUAUCAUAGAUUAAGUAUGUACAAAUGUGUAACUUCAGUAAAAAAGUUGCCCCGUUGUCGCCAUCUUCCUAGCAAGUGUCGCUCGCGUUUCUACAACUUUAAUUGCUUUCAACAACUUUAAACAUUCAACAAAUGAUGCUCUUGAUUGUUUAAUCCAUAAAUUUCGAUCCAACAAAGCCGCAAAAAGAUGCAAAAGUUCGUUUUUUUCAGGACGCCAAAAAAGUUUCUUUUUUUUUAAUUAGCACGAUGUUUUUGCCUGGUCAUGUUGUCCGUACUGCAAUGCAUCUAAAACUCAGUAUAUAUCUACCAGUCCUAAUGCAUCAGUAAAUUAUAGUUCAGGUUAUACAUAACUUUAAUUAAUUUCUACCAUGUAUACGAAGGUGAUGUAAAUUUAUAAUUAAAUCUUACGGCUUAAUGCAGCACGAAAUAAUGGAGAAGUAUUGUCUAUAUUACUUUCUUGUUGGUUUCAUAAUAAAAAAUAUGUUAAAUAAAUUUUUUUUGAGAUUGGAGAUAUUUGAGCCUAAAUCGGUCGGUCACAUCUUCGGUCAUAAAAAGCUUUGAUCGGACAAAAUGUAAAAUUUAGCCGGACAAUGUCCGAUGACCGAAACUAAUUUGCAUGCAGGCCUGCUGGUUGUCAUAUAAUCGUAUUAUUCCUUUGACAAUACUGUUUCAGAUCCAGUGCACACUCCGUGCAGUGAUAGCCCAUGUGUGAAUGGCGGGAAAUGUUUGGCUCUGGAUUAUGGAGAUUAUAAAUGUCAAUGUCCUCAUGAUUUCGGAGGGAUGCACUGUGAAGGUGAGGCGUCGAAAUUAGAGAAUGGUUGAGUUAAUUAAGCUCACUGUUGAUAUGAGUUGACUGCAUAUUAUUGGUCGAAUGAGUUAAACAUCUUGUGAAAGUUGAUGAGACUUGAUGAAAGUUUCUGAGAGUGGAUUGGCGAGUGAGAGUUUGAACUCUCAUAAACUCUUAACCAUAAUCAAGGUUCAGAAUUGUUACCGUUGUUUCCAAAAAAUUUCCAAUAUUUACUCGCUUCGAGGCACUUUGUCAAGAGUGGAAGAACAGACAAACACGUUCCUUUAAUAGUUCUUACUAUAAAUUAAAAAAAGAAACAAAUAAACAGGUUUUCUUCUCUUAUAUCUUUCAGUGCAAGCUGAACCCACGUGUUACUCUUGUCACGAGCAUGCCACGUGCAAGGACGACAAAUGCGAGUGUUCAGAUGGAUAUACAGGGAAUGGACAAUACUGUGAAGGUUUGAGUUGUUCCUAAAAUUUUUAACUAACGUUUUACAUGACGUUUCUUUUACGAUGUCAACCAGGAGGAGAUCUGUGUACGUCUUUAAAUAUAUGCAUCUGUGUGUCCUACACUGUAACAUAAAACUCUAAGAUUAGCUUUAUCUUACUUAGAUACUAUUUUUUCUUUCUAGUUCUGAGUCGCUGUCAUCCUAACCCAUGUUAUAACGGAGGAAUGUGUCAUGAUCAUGCCUCAGAUUAUGAAUGUAUUUGUGCUGAUGGUUUCAUGGGAAAAACAUGUCAAGGUAUAGAUUACCUACAUACAUACCUACCCACCCACCCACACCUACCUACCCAUCCACCUACCUACCCAUUUACCUACACACCUACCUAUUCACCCACCUACCUACCUACAUACCUACCCUCCCACCUACCCAACCACCUACCCACCCACCUACCUACCCACCCACCUACCUACCCACCCACCUGCCUACCUAUCCACCAGCUUACAUCCAUAUCUAUUUGGCUAGCCGCCUACCCACCCACCUACCUACUCACGUAACCAACCCCCUACCCACCUACCUACCCACCUGCCUACCUACACGUACUUACCAUGUAUCUAUAUAUCCAGCUAUCUACCAGGCUUAACAUAUAUUAUUUUUCUUCAGAACCGAAGCCUUGCCUAGCAUCUCCCUGUCUGAACGGAGGUACAUGUGUGGAUCGCAUAGGAAUGUCAUGUAUAGGAGGAAUGCCUUGUGGUCGUCAUGGAUAUGAGUGUUCAUGUCCUGUUGAUUUCAGGGGACCUAAUUGUGAACGUGAGUAGAAAGUGCCAUUAACCCCAAGCAUGAUUUUUGGUAUGUGUAAUAUUUGGAUAAUAUAGUAAAAACCUCAUUUUGAUAAACUUUUUACUAUCAAAGUUUCUGGGUAUGACGUCCUAGAUGAAUUUUUUGAGCAAAAAACUUUUGACAUCAUACUCGGUAACUUCUACAGAAAAAAGUUGGUUGAGCUAAGAUGAGAUUUUAAACUAUAAAGAUAUAUUGCAUUUUCCAGAUGCCAGUUUUUGUCAUCCCAAUCCCUGUGAAAAUGGAGGACAAUGUCUUUCCGAGUCGACAACCUACAUUUGUCAAUGUCCCAUACGCUAUUCUGGCCAAAAAUGCCAGGGUAAGUUUAUUAUUAUUGCAUAUUAUUCGGCACUAACGUAGCUAUAGAAUUCCUUUUCUCAGUUAAGCAAUCUUGUAUCGAGAAAUCUCAAGGCCUUUGUUGCAUUCGGGUCCGCAGUAUUGAACUAGGGGUCCUGGGCAAAGUGUCCCCUACCAACUCUCAGCGGGCCUGGGGUUAUAUAUUACUGUCACUAUUGCCAGCUUAUCAUGUAAUAUGAAAAACAAACAAACAUUGCAUCGGUUAAACAGUUUUUAUUGUUUACAGAGGACAAAUGCACGAACUGUGAUGUAAACGCGAAAUGCGACAAGGGGAAAUGUGUCUGUAAUCCAGGGUAUGUCGGACAAGGAACAAAAGGCACUUGUAAACCAAGUAAGUUAUCAAAAUAAUGUCGUUUUUAUUUGUUUUUUAUCAUAUGAUCCAUUAAUUAAAAUGCAUAGAACACGAAACGGUUUAUGAAAAUGUUUUUGUUUUCGCACAGAGUACAUACAUAGACCCUAACGUUUUAUAUAUUUAAAGGCGCAGUAAUACGAGCAACAAAAUUGCUGUAACUUGCAACAAAAUCUGAUUUCAACGCAUGUUAAUUGAGAAUGUUUACACAUACAUUACAAAUCACGAGGCAACAUAUGUCAACAUCUCUGCUUAACAUGCGUUGAAAUCAGAUUCUCUGUACCGCAUGUAGUGAUUGAUCGAUAAUCGGUAUCGGCAUCGGGCCGAUUUUUGCCUUAUCGGUAGACAAUCAAAAUCGGUAGAAUUAUCUAUAUUUCAGAUUGUCUAAUACCGAUUGUUGAGAAAACGCGCACUUUAAAAAUUCUAUACAUUGCACGUUGAUACACGUUGCGUUUUAACGCAAUAUGUUAAAUUAAUGCGUGAAGCGUGCCAUUUAUGAACGGUUUUAACGAUGUUUGGUUGCAGUAACAUGUUACGUUGGAAAUUAUCGUUAAAAAAUCGACACGAAUGACGUCUCUUUUACUCGGUCGAUUGAUAUUAUGACGUCAUUAUAAAAUCGGUAUCUGGCAGAUUGUGACAUGAAUAAUCGGUAGCCUAAUUUGCGAGUGUUGCACAAUUGGUCAAUCACUAACUGUAUGUACCGGAAGCACAGGGAGUCGUGUUUGAUUCCUUCCUUAAGUACAAAAUAUAUUUCAAACACUCAUUAAAAAUUCAUAAACCUUGUGGCAAAUCAUGUCAGCCAUGAUAUGUCACGUGGAGUGACUUUAUGUCUGAUAAGCUUUAUCUUCUUUAGUAUUCUUUAUAUAAUAACAUACAUAAAGAUAUUACUCGACUGUGAUUGGUUGAUUUCAGUGCAUUUAAUCCCAAACAGCAGUGCAAAAAUCUGUAACAAUAGUGGUCAGUGCAAAAAUCUGUAUACUAAUUGUUCAUCCCAAUUAGUAUGAUUAUAUAAUUGUUCAUCCUAAUGAGUAUUUUUUUGUAGUCGUGUUAAGCUAUUCAAAACACUCGAACUCCCGUUUUAUCAUAUCUAAAACGCUCUGCUGCGCCUCGCGUUUUACAUAUGAUAAAACACUUCUCGUAUUUUAAAUACUACAUAUGGUUUUGGAGAGUUUCAUUCAAAAAUACCCUUUAAUAUUUUUCAGUUGUCCAACCUACGGAGAAACCACGCGUGGGGCUCAGCCCAGGCCGACUCACCCCCACCCCCACACCCCCUGUUGGUUUGAGCCCGGGCCGACCUGCCCCGACCACACCUGUCGGCCUGUCACCCCCACACAAUCUUCCACAGCUCAAUAAAUGCACUCCAAACCCCUGUCAAAAUUCGGGCACUUGCAUCCCUAUCGGGACUGUUGACUUUGCCUGCAAGUGCCCGCCUCAAUUUACUGGAAAGUUAUGCACAGAAGCAGCCAAGAGUUACUGCCACCCGAGCCCUUGUUUAAACGGAGGGAUUUGUACGCAGAGUCCUAAUGGGUAUAAAUGUCAGUGUGUUGGACAUUAUAGAGGAACAAACUGCCAAGGUACGUCAAAAUUUAUUGACUUUUGGUGUUCUUGUUUUCAUCUCUUUUUAUACCGGGUAUCCCAAAAAACUGGGGACCCUGUUUGAUUUCAUGUAAACGUAAAAACUAUUAAAGCUAUCGCAAUGAAAUAAAGAUCAUUGCUUUUAGAAAGGACUAAAAAUCCUGUCACACUAUUGCGUAUCGUACAAGCGUAUGCCAGCGUCUGAAAAAUAUCACUCAUGCGCCGGUAUACGCUGACAUACGCUAGGGGUACGUCAGGCAUAUAUAGGUUGUAUACGUUUCAAGCACGGUCGCAUACGGUGGCAUACGGCGAGGCAGAAAAUAUUUUUUAAGCAUGUUCAAAAAUUUUGUGCGUAUCGGACGUAUGCUUUAUACGAUAAGCAUACUCUAGGCACACGCUGAAUACGCUAGAGGCACGCCAGAUGUACGGUACUCAUACGCUGGCAUUUCAAAGGAUUUUUGUGCGUAUGAAAAUUAUUUCAUUAAUUUUCUCAACGUCUCUCUCAUACGCAACAGUGUGACAGGGCCUUAACUUAGAUUUUGAUAUAUUACAUUUGAAUUGACAUGUAAUAUUCAGCGAGAUACAACCGUUUGAAUUUGGAAUACGUUUUAGGAAUCGGUGAAAACUCGGUAAAAAUUGGCUAGUUAUAAGGUUGUUUUUAUGCUAAUUUUUAGCAUUUUCAAAAACAGUAGUUCAACGUUCAAAUAUCAACAGCGCAGUCAAUAUUGCAUGUAAAUUCAAGUGUUAUAUAUCAAAAUCUACGUUAGUCCUUUCUGAAUGCAAUGAUUCUUAUUUCAUUGCGAUAGCAUUUAUAGCUUUUACGUUGUAUGAAAUCAAACACUGUUUUUUGGGACACCUGGUAUAUCUCUGUUUUCCCAUAUUUUUUACGUAUACUAUUCAAAACACGAGCAGGGGCUGGUUGUAUAAAAAAGUGAUUAAAGUUAAUUAUAAUUAAGUGGAAAUGUCAUCCAAUAAAAAGCGCCUAUUUGAGAGUUAAUCACUAUUUAACUACAAAAUAGUGAUUAAUAAAGUGAUUAAGAGUUUUAUACAACCGGCCCCUGGAGUGUUUUAUCACACAUAAAACACGAGGCGACUGCGAGAGUUAAUUAAUGAUUGUUAAACACUGAAUUAGUUCCCUUAAACGUUUCUUACAAAUCCUUCAAAACUUAGAAUUUACCCAUGCAAAGGUUAGCAAGAUUUUUCUGUUUUUUUCAGUGGAUGAUUGUGAUCGAUGCGACAUCAGAGCUAUUUGUGUGAAAGGAAAAUGUCAGUGUCGCGUUGGCUACAGCGGUAAUGGAUAUCAAUGUACUAAAAGUAAGUAAGCUGUAUGUUGUUUUCACGUCUUAAAGGAAAAUGGCAAUAUAUUUUUUUAUUUUCUCAUUUGAAAGAAGUUUUAU